AUGCUGAAGCGCAAGCUGUCCAAGCCGUCCCUUGAUAACCCCCUUAAAAUCGCACGUGCCGACUUUGCCCAAAAAUUCCUGGACAUCCAGCUCGAACUCAACACAGCUCUCAAGCCCCUCCGGUUCAAGCCGCCGGUGGCGUACGUCUACAACCCCGUAGAGUACGCCUUCAAGGCGAACGAAAGCUACGUGCGCAAGUACUGCCAGGGCCCCAAAAAACUGCUCUUUUUGGGCAUGAAUCCCGGCCCCUUCGGCAUGUGCCAGACGGGGGUGCCUUUCGGCGAGAUCAAGUCGGUGCGCGAUUGGUUGGAAAUCGAGGAAGAAGUCGGUAAGCCGGAGAAAGAGUGCCCCCAGCGCCCCGUUCUGGGCUUCGCCUGCACCCGCUCGGAAGUCAGCGGGGACCGGCUCUGGAACGUGCUGAAAAAGCUGUGUGGCAGUCCCGAGAAUUUUUUCAAGAAUUGUUUCAUUUAUAACUAUUGUCCGAUCGCUAUGUUGAGGAGCGAUGGGGGCAACUUGACUCCGAGGGACAUCAAGGACACCCAAGUCUUGGAGGAAAUCUGCGACCGCCACUACUUUAAAAUCAUAGAAUUGCUUCAGCCUGAAAUAAUUAUCGGGAUCGGGGAGUAUGCAGAGAAGCGGUCUUUGGCCACUUUGAAGAACAACAACAGCAACAUCCGGGUCAUCAGGCCGAAACUUUUUUCAAAAACCACGACUUGCUGA